GGUAGGUGCGGCACGCAUGCGCGGCCGGAAAACGGGGCGGGAGAAAGCGAGUGCGUUUUCCUCUCUGGCGGCGCCAUUUUGUGCUUAGAGCCGCUACAGCCGCCGGCGGUGUGGGGAGUAGGUGGCGGAGACGGGAAUCCCGGGAUGGCGGAGACUCUGGCAGGGUCCGGCGACUCGGGUUCUGGCACGGCCGCUGUCAUCUCGGGCGCCUCGGAGGUCGGGACGCGGCGGCUCAGCGACUUGCGGGUCAUCGAUCUGCGGGCGGAGCUGAAGAAGCGGAACCUGGACACGGGCGGCAACAAGAGCGUCCUGAUGGAGCGGCUCAAGAAGGCGGUUAAGGAAGAAGGACAGGAUCCUGAUGAAAUUGGCAUUGCGUUGGAAGCCACAAGCAAGAAGACUGCAAAGAGAUGUGUUAAAGGACAAAAGAUGGAGGAGGAAGGCACAGAAGACAAUGGCUUGGAAGAAGAUUCCAGAGACGGACAGGAGGACAUUGAAGCAAGUUUGGAGAGCUUGCAGAACAUGGACAUGAUGGCUGUGAGUGUGUUAGAAGAGGCUGGAGUCGAGAACAGCAGUGCUCCAGACUUCGGGGAAGAUGGCGCUGACAGCAUUCUUGAGUCCCUCUGCGAGAGCAAAGAAUACGUGGCUGCACAGCUGAGAGAGCUCCCCGCCCCGUUCACAGAACAUGCUGUGGACGGGGAAGGCUUCGAGAACACUUUGGAUACUUCGUCAUUGGACUUCAAAGUACCUCCGGAUAUUGAAGAACCUCUGUUGGAGCCAGUAACAUUAACUUUUGUCUCUAGCUCUUUUAAGGAAGAAAAAGAUAUAAAGCCAAUCAUUAAAGAUGAAAAAGGUCGUGUCGGCAGCGGUUCCGGUAGGAAUCUGUGGGUCAGUGGGCUGUCUUCCACAACUCGAGCAACAGACCUGAAGAACCUUUUCAGCAAAUAUGGAAAGGUUGUCGGGGCCAAAGUGGUGACUAACGCCCGCAGUCCCGGGGCUCGGUGCUAUGGGUUUGUCACCAUGUCCACCUCCGAUGAGGCCACAAAGUGUAUCAGCCACCUCCACAGAACUGAGCUUCACGGAAGAAUGAUCUCUGUAGAGAAGGCCAAAAAUGAACCUGCUGGGAAAAAGCUGUCUGACAGAAAAGAGUGUGAAGUGAAGAAGGAAAAAUUGUCGAAUGUUGACAGACAUCAUUCUGUGGAAAUCAAAGUUGAAAAAACUGUAAUUAAGAAGGAAGAGAAGAUCGAGAAAAAGGAAGAAAAAAAACCUGAAGACAUUAAAAAGGAAGAAAAGGACGAAGAUGAACUGAAAGCAGGACCUACAAAUCGGUCCAGAGUUACCAAAUCAGGAAGCAGAGGAAUGGAACGAACGGUUGUAAUGGAUAAAUCGAAAGGGGAGCCUGUCAUUAGUGUGAAAACCACAAGCAGAUCAAAAGAGAGAAGCUCUAAGAGUCAGGAUCGCAAGUCAGAAAGCAAAGAGAAGAGAGACAUCUUGUCGUUUGAUAAAAUCAAAGAGCAAAGGGAACGAGAGCGCCAGAGGCAGCGGGAACGGGAAAUCCGCGAGACAGAGAGGCGGCGAGAGCGCGAGCAGCGCGAGCGCGAGCAGCGCUUGGAGGCCUUCCACGAGCGGAAGGAGAAGGCGCGGCUGCAGCGGGAGCGCCUGCAGCUCGAGUGCCAGCGGCAGCGCCUGGAGCGGGAGCGCAUGGAGCGCGAGCGGCUGGAGCGCGAGCGCAUGCGCGUGGAGCGGGAGCGCCGGAAGGAGCAGGAGCGCAUCCACCGCGAGCGCGAGGAGCUGCGGCGCCAGCAGGAGCAGCUGCGCUACGAGCAGGAGCGGAGGCCGGUGCUCAGGCGGCCCUACGACGACGGGCGGCGAGAUGACACUUACUGGCCAGAAGGAAAGCGCAUGGCCAUGGAGGACAGAUACCGGCCAGACUUCCCUCGGCCUGAUCACCGCUUCCACGACUUUGACCAUCGUGACCGCGGCCAGUACCAGGACCAUGUGGCCGACAGGAGGGAAGGUUCAAGGUCGGUGAUGGGAGAGCGAGAUGGGCAGCACUACUCAGAUGACCGCCAUGGCCACGGAGGACCACCAGAGCGCCACGGCCGGGACUCCCGAGACGGCUGGGGGUGCUAUGGCUCCGACAAGAGGAUGAGUGAGAGCCGGGGGCCACCGCCUCCACCCAGGGGUGGACGUGACUGGGCGGAGCACAGUCAGAGGCUGGAAGAGCACCAGGAGCGCCCCUGGCCGGGCACGGUGGACGUGGGCACGGUGGGCCGGGAGCACUUGCGGUGGCAAGGUGGUGAGAGGGGCCUGUCUGGGCCCUCGGGCCCAGGACACAUGGCAAAUCGGGGCGGAAUGUCGGGGCGAGGCGGCUUUGCACAUGGCGGGCAUUCCCAGGGGCACGUGGUGCCCGCCGGAGGCCUGGACGGCGGAGGACUGGCCGGCCAGGACCGGGGCAGCAGAGUCCCGCACCCCCACCCCCACCCGUACCCUCACUUCACCCGCCGCUACUAGGCCCCACCCGCUCCGUGUGUCCUGGUAGGCGGACAGACGUUCUGUUGAAUCUCUUAGCCAGAGUUACCUUGAACUUGUGGAAUCUUUUAAAAAAAACAAAGCAAAGCAAAUCCUGCCACCAUGUUGUAGUUCAAUACAAUGUGAAUUCACUUUUUUUGUUGUUGUUUUUAAAUAAAUGUGUUCUUGUUCUGCCAUUUUUAAGACAAGGUUUCUGUUAACGAGGCAUUCCAUUUUCCAUUAAUAAAAGUUUAUGGUUCGCA